AUGGACUUCACAGAGGACGAAAAUUUCUGGGCGUGCACGAUUGGUCUAUUGGUCAUUGUCUUGUACCGUACCGGAAUCGAUCAGAUGGUCGUUCAAAGGUAUCUGGCUGCCAGAACUCUGCAGGAAGCACAGAGGACAGCUUGUUGGGGAACUGCUUUUCUUUUGACAUUUUUUAUUCUUGUUCUGGCUAUGGCAUUUUCACUAAUAUAUUGGUUCAGAGACUGUGAUCCUCAGCUUUCUGGUGCCAUCAAGCAGCUUGACCAGCUCCUUCCCUUCUACGUCAAGAAGCACCUGGCUGAAUAUCCCGGAUUCGCGGGCCUUUUUCUGGCCGGUGUUGUCUGCGCAGCAACAAGCACAAUAUCGUCCAUGAUCAACUCUCAAGCCACUGUUCUCUACAUAGACGUUGUGGCUCGGUUUGUCACUCUAACAGAAGCUAAAUCCACCCAGGUUACAAAAUAUCUGGGUAUGAUCUAA